GAGAAGACUGACGUGGAGGGAACGCUGUUUGUUUACACAAGAUCGGCUUCUCCAAGGCAUGGCUUCACAAUUAUGAACAGACUGAGCAUGGAAAAUCGAACAGAACCUAUUACUAAAGACCUUGACUUCCAGCUGCAGGACCCUUUUCUACUGUACAGAAAUGCCAGAUUGUCCAUAUAUGGGAUUUGGUUUUAUGAUAAGGAAGAAUGCCAAAGAAUUGCAGAGCUCAUGAAAAACCUAACCCAGCAGGAGCAAUUCAAAGCACAGCAGGGCACAGGAACAGGAUUGUCCCCAAUGAUCAUGAAUUCAGCUAAUAACAAAGAAGUGGACAUCUUGCGGAUGCUUACCAAGGCCAAAGAUGAGUAUACCAAGUGUAAGACCUGCUCAGAGCCAAAACAAAUAACCAGUUCCUCUGCAAUCUAUAACAACCCCAACCUAAUCAAACCAAUUCCAGUGAAGCCCAGUGAAAACCAGCAUCAACGAGUAUCUCACCAAAGCAAGAAUGUGGAUCCUGAACCACAGCACUUGUCUUUGACAGCACUGUUUGGGAAACAAGAAAAGCCAGAUGUCUCAGAACCACUUAAUAAACAGCAUCAAGAGAAUCUUCCUGUUAGGCAGGGUGUGGUACGUUCGCUGUCCUACGAAGAGCCUAGCAGGCAUUCGCCCUCUGCAGAGAAACAGCUCUGCCCUGCCAUUCAGAAGCUGAUGGUGCGUGGGACAGACCUUCAUCCGCUUGCUGAGUUUCCUGAGAACCGACUUUGUGAAAAUGGCAAUAUCCACCCCGUGGGUGAGACUUUCACAGGACUUUUCCAACCUGUGAAUUCUCAUGGCAUUGCAGCGGCUCAUGUAGUUCAGGAUACUGCUGGCACGCAGAGUUUAUUACAGAAAUUACAGGGUCAGUCAGGGGCAGCGACUAAAAUGGAGCCCAGCGCAACAGGAUCUGUGAACUCGACAGCUUCUGUGUUCAGCAACACCAGAAACAACAUGAGCCAGCCACCUCUGGUGUAUUUCAAUGGUUCCCUACCAGGCCAGACUUUAGAGUCUCAGACACUUGCUAAAGAACAAUCCAAACUUCCUCGACAGCCGCUUUCUCUCUCUGGCAGUCAAGCAGCCAACUCUGGGGUGAUUUCACCUCAAGAGUUACUGAAAAAACUCCAGAUUGUGCAACAAGAGCAACAGUUGCAUGUAUCCAGCAGACCAACCUUGGCAGCUAAGUUUCCUGUUGUUGCUCAGAAUACCAAUACCCUGAAACCGCUGGAUUCCUGGAUAGAAAAGGCACCGGGUACAGAAAAACAGAGCUCUCUCUUUCAGGUAAUCUCACCUCAGCGCAUACUGUUGAUGUCCCCCAUGGUGUUCACUCAGUCCACAUCUACUCCACCGAAAGCAAAUGAAAGUGGGCGGUUAGCAGCCGCAAACCAAGAACCUGCUGCUAGCUCCGCUGGCCUUCUCCUGCCCCUGCAAACCCCAGAGCCCUCCGUGGUCAACAGCAGCUCCAUGACGAAGAUGCAGCUGCAGGAAACACUUCUGCACCUGAUCCAGAAUGAUGACAACUUCUUAAAUAUUAUUUAUGAAGCCUAUCUCUUCAGCGUGAGGAAGGCAGCAAUGAAAAAGUCUGUGUGA